UGCCCCCUGCGGUUGCAAGCACGCGCCUCAGGCGCAACGUCUUCUGGGAACUGUAGGCGACGACUUGACAGCCUCCUCUCCAGCAUGGACGUACCCACAGACUGCGUGGACGUGGAAAGUGGAAAUACGUCGGACCAAGAGGACGACAGAAGCUCUGAUAACGAUUUUGGACCUUCAAAACUCGGAACUAAAGAACAUUGGGAAAAUGCAUACCAGAAAGAACUUGAGACGUUCAAAGACAUUGGGGAUGUUGGUGAGAUAUGGUUUGGUGAGGAGAGCAUGAACCGCGUGCUGCGAUGGAUGGACAAUGCUAAGAUCCCAGAAAAUGCUGCCAUCCUUGACAUCGGCACUGGAAAUGGAGCCUUCUUAGUUGAACUGGCGAAAGAGGGAUACAUGAAUCUGACUGGUAUAGAUUAUUCUCCAGCGUCUAUAGAGUUGUCCAGAAAUGUUCUGCAGAUGGAGGAUGUGACGGGUGUCACUUUAAAGGAGAUGGAUUUCUUAAACUGUCGAGGGGAGCUAAAGGGUUUUGAUCUCUGCAUCGACAAAGGAACAUUUGAUGCAAUAAGCUUAAACCCAGACAACUCUAAGGAGGGCAAAAAACUCUACGUCCAAACUCUAAAAGACGCUCUGAAGGACCAAGGAUUCUUCUCUAUCACCUCCUGCAACUGGACAAAAGAGCAGCUGCUAGAGCGAUUCAGUGAAGGAUUUGAGUUUGUGCAGGAGCUGCCUACACCAAGUUUCCAGUUUGGGGGCAAGACGGGAAACAGUGUGGCAGCACUCAUCUUCAAGCGAGUACAUUGAACCACAGGCCUGAGAGGAUACUUGUUUUGUUUUUGUGCCACAGUUUUUUCUGUUUAUCACAGGAAAUCAUAAAACCCGUGCAGACUUUUUUAUACAAUACCUCAUCAGAUAGUAUUUUUUUUUUGUAUUAAAAAAAAAAAGCUGUGUAAUGAAGCAGACAUGCAGUUUAACUGACUGACAGUUAUCUUGAAAUAAAUAAUUUUUGUUUUGUUGCUGUUGUAUUAACUUUGCAUUGAUCCAAAGUGCUUACUUUGGGCACUUUUGUAUGAAAUUGAUUGUAAAUAUUUGUGAUUCAUUUACAGAGACAAUUAACAAGAUUAUUUAAUGCAGUUUCAGUUUCAUGGUUGCUUUAAAAACGGUGCUUCGUGCUAAAACAUACCGAGCAGUAUCUUCUGCGGUAUUCCAGAAAAAGUACUUAAGUAAUUUUUUUUUAUCACAGUAGCUUUUAAAAUUGUUUUGAUGCAUACACAGGAAUAUCUGUUAACUCAUGACUUUUCUGUAGAUUACAAAACAAAGCCUUAAUCUGUUGCGGAAGAUAAUUGCUGAAUAACCUGUGUGUCUGCUGCUUUUACCUCUGAAUAACAUCUUCUCUUUUGUAUAUGAACUCCUCACAUUUUUGUACCCACAGUACUUACUUGACUGUAAUAUUACUUUCCUGUGGCAACUUUUAAUAAUAGUUCAGCUGGACAUUUAUUUACUGUUUGAUUUGAUUAGCUACCAUACACCUAGAGGUUAAAAUGUAUUUCAUAUUCUUUCUAUAAAAGGGCUAGAAGAUAUACACAAUAAUUUGUACUGAAUAUGUUUUCCCUUUAUUCCAUAAAUCAUCUGAUAGGUCCCCAAAUUACUUCUCAAGGACCCCGUUGAGAGUCCUGACCCACAGUGUGAAAACCACUGUCCUGUCUGACCAGGUAGUUAAUUGCAUCAUGUGAAAAAUAGCCCGUACCUAAUUGGCUAAACUGGAAACCAGCAGAGCCUGGGGUCCCUGGGACCAUGAUUAAGAACUUCUGACAUAAUGAAUAAACAAGAGGCCGUGUCGUCUGUGGAAGAGAAGCCUGUCUGCCAUUUCCUUUCUCAAUGGCAUCAUUAAUAACUGUCAAACUCAGUCCUAAUUGCAAGCCGAGCCAGGGGUCCAAUGGGAGCCGGCGAUGUUGGGGCACGCUGUUGAGUAAACACAUGGAAGCUUUACAAGAAUUACAGCCUGGAAUUUUACAAGGCUCUGUAUAUCCUGCCUGGAUGUGCAUGUUAUGCCCACGUUUACAGCUCUCACAGAAAUUUUCUCAUGAAGUGAAAUGUUCAUUAAAUAUCCCCUCCUUUACUUUUGUCAACAUUCACUCACACUGUCUUUAAAACAUCUUGUUAGGCAGGUCUUUGAGUGUUUUUAGUGUCAAUAGAUUUUAAUAUGUACUGAAGUUACCCUGUUGAAUAUUCUGCAGCCUACUCAUUUCCCUUGCACAGGUGAUGUUGCUAAGGAACAGACAACACCACAAUCCUGUUUGCCUAAGUAAAGUCAUGCGUUAUUUGGUCA